CCUGUGCGCCGGGGGCUGACAAGCGAGCGGCUUCCGUCCCUCGACUGCGGAAACUAGCUCGCGAAAGGAGAGCGAGGAGGAGCGCGGAGGCCGAAGCAACCCGACGGGCGACCGUGCGAAAGGGAGGAGGUGUAGCGACAUUGAAACACAUACUACCAUACCAGCGGUAUCCUCACACCCAGCAGCGCUCAGAGGAGAUGGGCGAUAAGGCGGGGACCAGAGUCUUCAAGAAGUCUAGCCCCAACUGUAAGCUGACUGUCUACUUGGGGAAGAGAGAUUUUGUGGAUCACCUAGACCAUGUGGAUCCAGUGGAUGGUGUUCUCCUGAUUGACCCUGAAUACCUGAAAGACAGAAAAGUGUUCGUGACACUGACGUGCGCCUUUCGGUAUGGGCGCGAGGACCUGGAUGUGCUGGGCCUGUCCUUCAGGAAGGACCUCUACAUAUCCACCUUCCAGGCAUACCCACCUCUGCCUGAGGAGCGUAAGCCCUACAGCCGUCUGCAGGAGAGACUCCUAAAGAAGCUGGGCCAACAUGCAUACCCCUUCUACUUUACUAUUCCUCAGAACCUACCCUGCUCAGUCACUUUACAGCCUGGACCAGAGGACACUGGGAAGGCCUGUGGGGUGGACUUUGAGAUCAGAGCAUUCUGCGCCAAGUCUGUGGAGGAAAAGAUACAUAAAAGGAACUCUGUCCGACUGGUUAUCAGAAAGGUGCAAUACGCUCCAGAAACUCCGGGCCCCCAACCCACAGCAGAAACUACCCGUAGCUUCCUCAUGUCUGACCGCUCUCUACACUUGGAGGCCUCCCUAGAUAAAGAGCUCUACUACCAUGGGGAGCCCAUCAGUGUGAAUGUCCAUGUUACCAACAACUCCACCAAAACAGUCAAGCGGGUCAAAAUUUCUGUGCGGCAGUACGCUGACAUUUGCCUAUUUAGCACUGCGCAGUACAAGUGUCCCGUGGCACAGGUUGAGGCAGAUGACCAGGUGUCUCCCAGCUCCACCUUCUGCAAGGUGUACACUCUCACCCCCACGCUGAGCAACAACCGGGAGAAGAGAGGUCUCGCGCUGGAUGGCAAGCUCAAGCACGAGGACACAAACCUGGCUUCCAGCACCAUUGUGAAAGAUGCGUCUAACAAAGAGGUCCUGGGGAUUUUGGUGUCUUACCGGGUCAAGGUCAAAUUGGUUGUAUCACGUGGAGGCGAUGUGUCUGUGGAGCUGCCCUUCGUCCUUAUGCACCCCAAACCCACAGAUCAGUCCAGCUCCAGGCCCCAGUCAGCUGUACCCGAGCAGGAUGCCCCUGUGGACACCAAUCUCAUAGAGUUUGAAACCAAUAACUUCUCUCAGGACGAUGACUUUGUGUUUGAGGACUUUGCUCGCCUGCGGCUGAAGGGAAUGAAGGACGACAAAGAUGAAGAUGACCACUUCUGCUGAAGGCCUCCCUUUCAAGGGCAAUGGGCCAAUGGGGACAUGGGUGUAUGGACAUGGGUAAUGCCAAUGGGAGUUUGUUUAAACCCUCUCCUCUCUCGCUACCUGUUCUUGUAACUGUAAUGGCAUUGCUGAUUGGUUGUACCGAAGAACGUGCCAGAAAAACAUGGAGAGGGUGGAGUUGGGGGGGGGGGGGAUGUGACAUUUAUCAUUAUUGGAAACUAUUUUAGAACUGGUUCAGAUGGAAUCAUACUUUUUAAUUUUAGGUCCCAUUUCAUAUUAAGUGGGCAAAUUAUACUUAUGUAAUUACAUGAUAAGCACGAUGUAAAUCCAAUGUAAGUACCUUUUUUAAUUAAAUGCAGUCACUUAUGUGGAACACAAGUUUACGGCUUACGUAAUUGCACGUUAUCUCAUUAACCCUAACCGAAACUUAACCCCAAGGCCACAUUUUUAUGUAAUCACUUUCUUGCAUAUACAGUACUUUGUUUUGCAGAUAAGUAUGGACUGUACGUAUUAUUGUGUACUUGGUGUACUUUCUGCUCCCUCAGUGUAAGGUGUUGCCAUUUUUAUUCAAAACAAAGCAAGCGAAGUGCAUAGAGACCUCAAAUAUUUUCAUUGUCUUUUUAUACCAAGCAUUUGUGGAGUGUUGCUCUAGAACAUCUGCAUUCUCGCAAAUGCUCCCAUGACAUUUUGAAGCAAAAAGGCAAGAGGCAAAUGGUGUGCAUACUGUUUGUACACACACCCACAGACAUAUGGUCACACAUGCACAGUCAGUCAAACUUGGUUUCAUUGCUUUUUCACAGAGUGGUGCAAUGAAUGUCAGGGUUUUUUCCCCCCUCCUGCCAAAAAUAAUAAUUUUCUGCCAAUUGUGACUUCAGGAAUUAGAUGCUAUAAUAGACAAUGAUUUACUUAAAUCACAUAAGUAGAUCACAGAUACACAACCACUUGUGCUAAAUCACGUCCAGACACUGCCGAGCAUACUUAUGCACGUGUACAUACAUGGUCACUUCGCAGUACAGGCACAUGCAGAUGCACACGGCCAUAUCCAGUUACUGGCACAUGUUUAUACACAUGGUGAAGAAGCAGUAAAACAAAGCCUGGAGAUAACAGCUCAUUGAAUUUGCCAAAAGCCUUUACCUAAUUUGUUAAAUCAAUGUUUGAAUUUUGCACCGAACCUUUACUGGUUUUAUGAAAUUUUAGUGUAUCAUCGUACUGCUCAUGACAGCUAGUCACUUUUUUUUUAUUUUAUUUAUUUUUUUUUUUGUGUGCGUGCUCUAGUCUGGACCAGUUCCUGCUGUAUAAUGAGUCUGUAUAUGAUGGACUGGUGGAUGGGUGGGUGUGUGUGGCAUGUACACAUGCUUUUGGGUCUCAGGCUCUGAGGUGCUACCCUCAUCGAUAGAAGCAGUAGUGUUUGCUGUUUAUUUUAGGAGUUAGUGUGCAGCUGAGAUUGGACUCUACUCCCUGGUUUCAUAUGGCAACCAUUCUGCUGCAUCUUUGGAGCAGGAGGAUAGGGUUAGGUGAGAAGGGACAAAAAAAAGAAACUUAUUUUUUACUACCAUUAUUGCUAUAAUCACCAGAGAUGUAUAAAAGUUGCCAUUUUAUUUUUUGAUUUUUAGAAUAUUUUAUUUUUUAUUAAAGAUGAAAAUGAACUAAUGUGAAUGUCCCUUUAUUUUUAUUUUUACAGGCAGUGUAUUUUAUUGUAGUUCUAAAUAUGAAUCCCGUCUGUCUUGAGUAGCUCCGUGCUAUGUGGAGAGCACUGUGGUCUAAGCCGGUACCACAAGUGGUACAGAGUGACUUGAAGCUCAGUCCAGGCCUCACACUGCUGUGCUCUAGUCUAGCAGUGCAGCCAGUUGUGUUGCUUCUUGUUCCCAUUUCCCCCCUUAAAGUUUGCAUCUCCACCCAUCCUGCUGAGACUCGUCCAGUGCAUAGGCCACUUUGGCUCCUUCGAGAUGAUGAUGCAUUGCGUUGGGUGUGGGAGCUAUAAACUGUGUGGAAGGGGAGAAGGUUUUGUAAUUCACUUAUACUUGCUACAACCAACAUCUUUAAUACAGAUUUGGUCAUCCUGCCUUAAUGUAAGGUAACUCAUUCUUUUUCCACCUGAACAAUUUGUGGAAGAGAUGAAAUUUGUCAAAGAAGAAUUUUGGUUGCAGUAGGUUUAAUACUUGGUGCAGAGCAGAGUUUCUGCCCUGUCUUCUGGGUGUUCAU